AUGUGCAAUCAUCUACAUCCUAGAUAAGCGGAAUCUUAGAUGGAAAUUGUAUUAUGCGAAGAUGAAGAUUGCGAUUAUUAAUAUUUACCAUAAUGCUUUAAAUGCGCCUUUAAAUAAUGUAAAUCACAUUUUGUUAAUUGUAAAACUGGUGACAGAUUUUAAGGUUCCAGAGCCUUGCUUUAAUAAAAACAUAAUGAAUUGGAAAUGCAAUUUUUCAAUCUAAAUUAGAAAAUUAAUCAAAAAUUAGCCCUUCUACUUCAAUAAACAAAAUAUAUUAUAAAUAAAGUUGAGUAGUUUUGCGAUAAUGGUUUUUUCGAGGACAUUGUUCCGUUUAACUUUAAUAUAGAUUAUAUAAUUGACGUAUAGAAGGAGCUGGUCUAAGAUAUUGAUUACAAAUUUGAAGCAGUGCAAGAUUAUAUAAAUGAGUUCAACGAAUCACAUAAUUUGUUUAAGAAGAAGGAAUCAAAAAAACACCAAAAAUACUCUAUUAUGCAUGAAUUUAAUAAUAACUUGGUUAAAGCUUUGGAGACGAUUAAUGAUAGUCUGAAAAUGGAUCCUUUAUCAUUGUUUUCCCUUUAUCAAAAAGGAAAUAUACUUCUAAAAUAACAAUAAUAUGAUGAAGCUUACAAGUACUUGCUCAAGGCUUUCCUCCUUAGCAAAAUGUCAAAAAAGAAAGAAUUAAAAAAUCAAAUCUUCUUAACUUUAUGUGAUAUAUAUAUAGCUAUAUUAGAAGAAAAUUGCUAUUUUAAAAUGAAAUAAUACAACUUUUUAAUAGAAUUAUAGAACUAGUACUCAAAUGAAUUUGAUGAAAAGAAGGUUUCUAUGUUUAAAGCCUUUGCCGAAUUCAAUAGAAUGGAAUAUAAAAAUGCCAUUAACAGUCUAAAAGAAAUGAAUUAAUCUCAAAUAGCUGAUUAAAAGGCUUCAAAAUUUUGGGAUUUAUGCUCAAGCGCAGAAAGAAUUUAGACGGAAAUAAAAGAAUAGUCAGAAUUAAACUCAUAAGAAAUGUUAAAAGAUUCCUUGCAAAGUUUUUCUAAUUUCAAUCAAAAAAAAAGUGUUCAAAAUUAUAAUCAAACGCCUCAAACGGAAAUACCCAAUCCUUUGAUAAAUAUAUUACUAGACACACUUUAAAAAUAUUUUACAAUCACUCUUAAUUAGGAUGAAAAUGAUAUAAAUCUUGCUUUAUUUAAUUAGAAGCAACAAUAUAUUAUUUAGCUUUAGGGAAAUGAAAUCCACAUAGUAAAUUUAAAAUCUUUUCAAACAGAAGAUAAAGAUUAACAAAUAGAGAAAAUUCAUUAGUUAGCAUUGCAAAUCCUAGAGUAAGCCAUCUCUAAUUUAUUAAAAAAAAAAAAACCCUAUAAUUCGCCAAAUAAGAGGUGA